AUGACUGACUCACCAAAUACUUCUUUUAUACAGUCUUCUACACAGUCGUCUAGCUCGAUUAACCCUCCUUCAAAUCCUCCGUCACACUCUUCACGACCCGGAACUCUGGCGAAUGCUCAACCACCUCAAUCCUUCGUACUCAACGCUCACAACUCACACUUCCAUAUUACUGGUUCAUUUGGAUCGGGAAACGCACACUCCAUGCCAACGCAUCCAUCUGGAUCUUCUGCUGAUAAUAUCGCAUUGAAAAACUCGGAAAUCGAUGAGUGGAAAAUGAAAUUCGCUUCGCAAACAUUGGAGUUGAAUAACGUCAGACAAGCGUUCGCAGAUGUGGAAGACCAAAAAAACAAUUUGGAAAAUGCUUUGGCUACGAAAGGAGAUGAGUAUGAGGAGCUCAGGGAGAUGUGGAUGGCUGAAACACAGAAGCUGGCAACUAAGGAAAGGGAACUUGCGACUGUGAUGACGCAUGUUGAAAAUCUUGAGAAACAGAAGGCAGAAGUUUCGGUUUUGUUACGAAACAUGGAAGAAUCUUCAUCAAAAAAGGAUUCGGAGAUUGGAAGCUAUCUAAUUGAGCGAGCAAAUCUUAUCAAGAAAGUCGAUGAGCAAGAUCAGCAACUGAAAACAGUCGAAAUAGUUUCGCAAGUCGACGACUUGCGAAAAGAAGCGAUUGAGACUGUCGGAGAACUGAAGAAGACCAUUGCUGAAACGAAAAGAAUGGUAGAAGAAGAAAAGGAAAAAGAGAGAAAGCUGGAAGAGUGGAAUGUCGAACUGGAAACUGGAAAACGGAAGUUGGAGGAUCACGUGGAGAGGAUUAGAUGCAAGUACAAUGAGGCAAAGCUAUGGAUUCAAAAAUCGAACGAUGAGCGAAAAAAAUUGGAGACAAUGCUUCUAUUAAGAAACGAAGCAUACGACAAAAAGAGGGAGGCUGUGAAGGUCAAAGAUGGCCUGAUACAGAUUCUGAAACGCGAACAAGUGAAAUUGAAAGGAACAUCAAGAGAGUUGGAAGCUUCGAGAGAAGGAGAGAGAUUGCGAAGAUCGAGGAGACUUCCAGUCGGCAUUGAAGACUCUGAAUAA